AUGGAAAUGUGGCGAUGGGUCCAGAACUGCCCGGCUGUCCACCUGGUCAGCCGCCGAAUCGCGACAUCCAUGCCGGGCUUCCCGAACGGCCUCAUGCUCCAUGACGUCGCCAUCACCCGGAGCCGGCUACGGGGGCGCUCGGAAGACUUACUCUUUGCCGAGGAUCCCGUGCUUCUGCGCCGCUUAAGGCGUGGCUUAAGCUUCAUCGAGUCGGCGGGCCUUGGUGGUGAUGCCACCCUCGUCCGGCGCGGACUGCCCAAGUUCUUCGAUUUCGAUGCUCAGGCAAUGUCCGACAAUGCUGAUAGUGAUUCUUUCUCGCAGAAGGUGUCUCGAUCUCUGGUGGGCUCUGUCAAGGAAGCCAUCUCCAGCGGCUCGAUCAUCGAGCUGAGCCGACUGGACAAAGCAAAUGGUGAGAACGCGCAGGUGUCCUACUUCACUGGAACCGGGCAAUGGGUGCUCUGCUCGAAAAAUGUAUCGCUGCUUGCGGCUAAUGCCAGCGAAAUCGAGCUGCCACAAUGGUCAGACCGUCGCUACCGUUUUGCCCGGCAUGUGGCAGAGCUGUGGUUUGCGCAGCUGUCUGUUCUGCCGGAAGCAUCUCGCAAGCUUCUCGAAGAGAUGCUUGCUUCCCGAACUUUAGUGGGCGAGAUGAUUGGAGGAAGUGGCGCUCACUUGGUGGACUAUGGGGCCUUGCGCCGACUGCAGUGGUUUGCAAUCGUGCCAAACUAUGGAGACGAGCUUUGUUGGCCUCCCUCCAGCAGCAUCGCCUUCCUUCAGCAGACUGGACUGCCCACAGUAACUUUGAAGAUCGUCGGUCCAGGUCCUUUCAAAUCUGUUGACGAGACCCUGUCUGCCCUGCAAGAAACUGUCCUGUCUACAGAGAAGAGCAAACUGCAAGAUGUGGGAGAAGGCUAUGUGAUGUACUUAACAUCCAAGUCUCACAAAGAUGACACAGGACAGGUUGUCAACUUGGCGAAGAUGAAGUCGGCCGACUAUCGACUGUUGCGGCGCAUGCGAGAGAGAGCCAAGCUUUUCGCUCAACGGGCAGGAUCCAUGCUAGUGGACGAUGCUGUGGAGGAGUACAGGAAAGAGGCAUCAUCUGCUGGGCUGAGUCCUGACAUCAUCAACCAGAGAGCAGACUCCCUGGCAAGGCUCUGCCGAAUGAUCUUUACUGAGGACCUGCCGCCGGAAGUGGUGGACGAGCAAUUUUUGCAGCUGCUCCAGCGCGCCGAGAGCUUUGAGGGAACGCGUGCUCCCGGGAGGGCCGCUCCAAUUCUUUGCGUCAUCGCACCGCCUGGGCAGAUGACAACCACGACGUGGAAAGGUUUGCAGGACUUGGUCCAAAGCACCUCGCUUCGGCUGGAAGAGUUUUCGUUUUCAGGUGAGAAGGAAGGAUUGACAGCUGGUUCAGAGCUGGCACAGUCUCCAGAGGCCUUGCAGAAGGGAAAUUUGAGCACUGCCUGGCACGACUCCACGGCUUCGCGGAAGCGGUCCUUCCUCAAUGUCAAUCCGCAGGAACUGGAGAAGCUCUUUUUCCCUGCGAGAUGCAUGGAGGAGGCUCCCCGAAAGCGCAGACGCUCUGAGGAUGCCUUGGAGGAGAAGCAGCAGCAAGCUUCGACCCGGCUAGCGUCUUCGCUAAGAAAGAGAUGCCGUUUCCUUUUCUGGGGCUGGUCUGACGUGCAACAAGACUGCCCAGGUCAGGAACCUGACCUGGUACCUGCGCGUGCCACCCGCUUCGAGUCUCGCAUGCUGGAGCGGCUGAAGCCACGUAGGCCACAGGUUUUGAGCAAGCUUCGGUCCCAAGCCCAACGCCUUUGGACGCUCCUGCCAGCGUCCCAGACAUGCUGGUUGCCUACGCUGCCUCACUUGACACAGGCACGAGCUCUGUCCACGAUGGUUGGCAGUUUUGGCACGCCAGCGAAGAAGGAGAGCGCCGAGCUUGAAUCUGACCCGAGCUCUAAGACACCCGGGGCCGGGUCGACUGUCAUCGUCGUCAUCCCUUUAGGUUUGCCAGGGAUGGGAAAGAGUUCUCUGCUGGAGCGCCUUUUUCACAUGGGCCAGCAGGCUGCUGUGAAAGCAUACCGGCAAGGGAAGCUCGAGAAGCCUGGUGACGGAGGAGGGCAGCCACUCAAGAACUUGCACUCCGUUGCCACGCUUUCCAGCGACGAGUUCACGGGCGACGAGCUGAAGAUGCUGGGCAUGGAUGCUACAACAAGAACCUCUCAAGACGUGGUACGCUGCCGUCGACUGGCCGCCGGGCAGUACCGGAGAGCAAUUGAGGAUUUCUUCGAGGAAGCGGCAGCUGCUGAAACUGAGAAGUUGCACUUGCUCCUGUUGGAUAAGAACCAUCCGCCUUCCGCAUUGCGCCGCGAAGCGGAAGUCUUGCAAGAACUAAGCACGAAAGUUGGGUGCCGCCUUUGCCUCAAGGCUCUCGCGAUACAGCCAACUGCAGAGCAGCCCUCGGCGCUUUCGAGCGGUCUAUUGGAAGAGGAAGAGAAGCACUUUGGGCCAUGGGCAUACCCCUGGAGCCCAACCGUUCUCGCAGAGUGCGCAAGCCGCUUGCUGCUCCGAUCAUCACACGAUACGCUUUCAGGGAAUGAGACAUCCUUGUUUGUUCUCCUCAGUUUUCUUCGGCUGCACCACCGUCUGUCCCAGCUGACUGACCUCGGCGACAGCUCGAUUGAGGUGGUUGAGGCACCCUACAUCAGCACUGGGACGCUCGCCUCCUGGCAGGGUCAUGGCGAUGCUCAUCCAUGGCAUCAGCUCGAGCUCCGGGCUCUGUUUCACCAGGCCCUUCUGGUGAUGCAAAAGCCCUUUGCCAACGAGGAGUCUGUGCGCCCGCUGCUCUCUGCGAUUGCAAGGCUGCUUUUAGCAUCUGGUCUUCGCAGCCCGGAUGCCGGGAGUCAGUCGCUCCAUGCCCGCGAGUGUGCCGAAAAUCUUUGGCCCAGUCUCCUUCAACCGCCGGCAGUGUCGGAGUCCGCGGAGCCUGACGUGAUCCCUGCUGUCCGGUACGUGGCGCUGGAAGUGGAGCCUCACCAUCGGACUUUGGAGGUGUCCCUCCAGCGGCUGUCAGAUGCCAUGCGCAUCCUCUCGGAUCCCUCUGAAGAGGCGGAUGCAUUCCCCGCCCAGUUGUUCACGUGGCCGCAGACCCUGCAUGUCACUACCUGCUACGUGGGCGGCGGUGCACUUCCAGAGAAGCAGAGGGAGAUCCUCACCAAGUCCAAGCACUUGUUUUGGGAGGCUGCUGCCUUUGACUGCCUUGUGACACAUCUCGUGGGGGCUCGAGGUGCGCUGGCUUUUGCAGUGGUGGACGAGCAAAGGCUGCGAGACUCUGGCUUGCCAAUCGCGGAUGCCCAGAGGCCGCACAUUACACUGUGCACACGGCAACCAUGGCAACCUCGCCAUUCGAACGACGUGCUCAAGGCUGCGACGCCUUUCCUUGAAGACAGUGUCGGCGUUUGUGCCUCCGGCAAGUGGAUACGGAACUUGGCAGUUGGCACUGCGGUCUUGGACGUCUUUGUGCUCAAACUGGAGAACCCGGUCCUGCUUUCAUCCAACGCUGUGAAGUUGUGCUGA